UAUUUUAGGCAUAUUACACUUAUAUGAUUUAAGGUAGACAUAAUACGUCUGUAAUGGGUAGUUCUGCAUAGUUCUGUGAUAUUAUAUUUUAUAUUUAUUUCUUUAAUUCGUUCUGCAGCAAUACUUAAAACUGUAUUGUUAUGUUGUGAUUUGAUACUUUUUCUGACACUGACCGAACCGAUAACAUAACACUAUUUACACUGAUAAUGCGGCUUUUUAAGUUUUUAAUAUAUUUUUAUCAUUAACUUGUUUCCAAACUCCAAAGAUAACUUUGAAAAAUUGCAAUACUAAUUCGGUUUCAUUUUACACGUUAUUCAUAAUUAAUUGUUUCAAUCAACAGUCAAUGAUCAUCAUUUAUCUUGAUUAUAGUCUUUUCAAAUAACUUGAAAUCAUGCUCGUUUGCAAACUCAAUCCGAUGCGGUUCACCACUAUUGUAAAGCAUCAAAGAUUUUUAUCGAGAGAACCAUCUAUCCUGUCAUCAAUUGCAUUGGCAAGAUUUAAAAGUAGUAAACCAUUCAACACUGGAAUUCUAUUUGUUCCGCAACAAGAGGCAUGGAUUGUUGAACGAAUGGGUAAAUUUCGGCGAAUUUUAGAACCGGGUUUAAACUUUUUGAUACCUUUCUUAGAUCGUGUUGGUUAUGUACAAAGUUUAAAGGAAUUAGCCAUUGAUAUUCCCAAACAAAGUGCUGUAACUUUAGAUAACGUAACACUCAAUAUUGAUGGUGUAUUAUAUUUAAAAGUCAGUGAUCCUUACUUAGCAAGUUAUGGAGUUGAAGAUCCAGAGUUUGCAAUUACUCAAUUGGCUCAAACUACAAUGAGAUCAGAAUUAGGAAAAAUAUCUUUAGACAAAGUUUUUCGGGAACGAGAAAAUUUAAACUAUGCAAUUGUUGAAAGCCUUAAUAAAGCAAGUGCAUCAUGGGGACUGAUAUGUUUCCGUUAUGAAAUUCGUGAUAUAAAACUUCCUAAUAGAGUACAAGAAGCUAUGCAAAUGCAAGUGGAAGCUGAAAGGAAAAAACGUGCAGCUAUUCUAGAUUCUGAAGGUAUUCGUGAAGCUGACAUAAAUGUAGCUGAGGGAAAAAGACAAUCAACAAUUUUAGCUUCAGAGGCUGAACAACAAGAGCAAAUUAAUAAAGCCCAGGGAGAAGCCAAUGCUUUAUUAGCAGUAGCUGAAGCAAAAGCUAAAGGAAUACGAUUGAUAGCUGAUGCUCUUAAACAAACAGAUGGUUAUAAUGCUGCAUCUCUUAAAGUAGCUGAAUCAUACGUAGAAGCUUUUGGAAAAUUAGCUAAAUCUACAAAUACAGUUAUUAUACCUAGCAACACUUCAGAUGUUUCAUCAAUGGUGACUCAGGCCAUGUCCAUUUACAAAUCUCUAACAAGUAAGUCUAAGCAGACUAGAAGAUUGAGCGAGGAAGACAAAUAAUCCAUUGUCAAUGAACUGAAUGCAUGUUAAAUUAUAAUAUAAUUUUAUUACAUUAUAUGAAAAUUUAAAAAGGUUAAAAUGAUGGUUACUACAACUCAUUAACAUUUAAGUGCUUAAUAAUUAUUAAACCUCAUGAAUUUUAUUAUAUUAUAAA